GGGACGACUUGUCAGGAAGAGUUAGUGAAGAGAAGGGGGGACUACGUCUCGGCUUAAGCCAUCACACAUCGAGAAAUUUGAAGGAAUUAACCAAACCUUUCUUCUCUAUUGGAUACUGGAUAUUUUUUUUGGUUUUAUCUUGGAAGUUUUGGCAUCAAACUAGCCGACGAACGACACUCAAAAUCCUUGUCGAGAGGAGCUCCAACUUGGUCGAAGCGUCAAAUGCACUAACCGAAACGGAAGUAACUUGCCAGCUGUCUGGCUAAGCUUGCUAGUGUCUGAAUGCCAACUCUGUGGGUGAUGGAGUUGAGCAGGCAACUCUGUGGGAAGAUGAGGAGAUCCAGCAAGAGGGCCCCACUCUCCUCCUCUCCCACUUCCUCUUGGGGCCUGGAGAUCCACUUUUACACACCGGAUGUACACCAGCUGGAGUACUUCAGAGGCUGCUACACUGUAGAGCAGCUCUGUGUGGAUGCUGCCAAGAAAUGCUCAAUCUCUCCUUUGUGCCAUAACCUAUUCUCCCUGUACAAUGAGACGACAGGCAUGUGGUAUCCGCCCAACUAUGAGUUCAAGAUCACAGAUGAGACCAGUAUCAAGUUGCACUAUCGCAUGAGGUUUUAUUUCAGAAACUGGCACGGCACCACUGAAGGAGAGUCUCCAGUCUGGAGACACUGCAUCAGCAGACUCAGAGGGGGCCUUAGCCCACAGAGAACACCUGAAGGAACACCCCUACUGGAUGCUGCGUCCCUGGAUUACCUGUUUGCCCAGGGCCAGCAUGACUUUCAGACGGGUGUGGUUCCACUGAGGAUUUCCCAGUCUGAGGCAGAGCAACAUGAGAUAGAGAACGAGUGUUUGGGCAUGGCUGUGCUUGCCAUCACCCACUAUGCCAUGAACAUGGAUAUGCCCCUGCCCACUGCUUCUCAGGAAAUCAACUACAAACGUUUCAUCCCAGAGACACUGAACCGUAACAUAAAGAAGCGCAACGUUCUGACGCGCAUCCGCAUCAACAACGUCUUCAAGAAAUUCCUCAACGAAUUCAACCGCCGCACAGUCAAGGACAGCAACAUCACGCCAUACGACCUGAAGAUUAAGUACCUUGCCACACUGGAGGGUCUGACCAGUGGCCUGGGCAGUGAGCUGCUAGAGCCCAUCUCGCUCAGUGUAAUUCAGGAAGGAGAUGUCUGCAAUGGAGGCUACAAUGGUUACUGCAACCAGAGCCAAGAACAGAGCCAGACUCAGACCGUAGAGACAAGCCAUGACAUGCAGGUCCUAGUGACUGGUACCACUGGCAUUUCCUGGAGGAAGAAACCUGUUAUAGUGACUGCGAUCUCCAAAGAAAAGGGCAAAUCAAAGAAGAACAAGCGGGAUGGAAACCAGAAAAAGAAAGAGGCAGAUGACAGCUGGGUGGUGUUCUGUGACUUCCAUGAGAUCACGCACACUGUCGUCAAAGAGGCAACCGUCACCAUCUAUAGACAGGACAACAAGAGGAUGGAGUUGCAAAUGGCUUCUCGGGCUGAGGCUCUGUCCUUUGCAGCCCUUGUGGAUGGGUACUUCAGGCUGACAGUGGACGCUCACCACUACCUGUGCAAGGAGGUGGCCCCGGCUUCAGUGGUGCACAACAUCAAUAACGGCUGCCAUGGACCCAUCUGUACGGAGUACGCCAUCCACAAGCUGCGUCAGGAGGGCAACGAGGAGGGCACGUACAUCCUGCGCUGGAGCUGCACUGACUACCAGUACAUCAUCAUCACUGUGGUCUGCAGUGAGAUUGACCUCAGGGAUUCUCGUUCUGGGCGACAAUAUAAAAACUUCCAGAUUGAAGUUUCCCCUGAUGGGUUCCGGCUGUACGGCACAGAUACUCUGCGCCUCACUCUCAGGGAGCUGCUGGAGCACUUGGAGGGCCAGAGCCUUCGCGCUGACAAUCUCCAGUUCCAGCUGCUCCGCUGCUGCCCUCCACAGCCUAGAGAGGUUUCUAACCUGCUGGUGGUAACUAAAGAUAGAGCACCAGUCCCUCAGACAUCCAUGCAGGAGAGCCAGCUCAGCUUCCAUCGCAUUCUGAAGGAGGAAAUUGAACAGGAGGAGCAUCUCGGCCGUGGUACAAGGACUAACAUCUACUCGGGCACACUGAGAGUAAAGAGUGAGGAGGAGGAGGAUGCAGGCUACUCAUCCUUCCAGGAAGUCAAGGUGGUCCUGAAAGUGCUGGGCUCUGGACACAGAGACAUUUCCCUGGCCUUCUUUGAAACAGCAAGUAUGAUGCGGCAAGUGUCCCAUAAACACAUAGUGCUGCUCUAUGGAGUGUGUGUCCGCCAGCAGGAGAAUAUCAUGGUGGAGGAGUUUGUUCAACUAGGACCACUGGAUCUGUUUAUGAGGAGACAGCAGAGCCCACUCAGCACACCAUGGAAGUUCCAGGUGGCCAAGCAGCUGGCCUCAGCUCUUAGCUACUUGGAGGACAAAAAGCUGGUCCAUGGCUUUGUGUGUGCUAAGAACAUUCUGCUGGCCAGGGACGGACUGGGCACUGAUGAAGGAGGGCCCUUCAUCAAGCUCAGCGACCCAGGAAUACCAAUCACAGUACUCACCAGAGAGGAGUGUGUGCAUCGUAUCCCGUGGAUCGCUCCGGAGUGUGUGAAGAGUGUGUCUUCCCUGAGCAUUGCAGCUGACAAGUGGGGCUUUGGUACCACCCUGUGGGAGAUCUGCUAUGAUGGAGAGGUCCCUCUCAAAGAGAAGAAACUCACAGAGAAGGAGAGGUUUUAUGAGACAGAGUGCCAGCUGGCCACCCCAGACUGCAGAGAGCUGGCUGAACUGAUGACCCACUGCAUGAACUACGACCCCAAGAAGAGGCCCUUCUUCAGGGCUAUUGUCAGAGACAUAGACAUGCUAGAGGAGAAAAACCCAUCAAUCAAACCCCAACCAACACCAGAGGUGGACCCAACAGUGUUUGAAAAGAGAUUUCUGAAGAAGAUCAGGGACCUGGGAGAGGGACACUUUGGUAAGGUGGAGCUGUGUCGCUAUGAUCCUCGGGGAGAUAAAACAGGCGAGCUGGUGGCAGUCAAGUCACUGAAGCCCGAGAACCGAGAAGAGCAGAGCAACAACCUCUCCACUGAGAUUGACAUCCUGAAGGCACUCUACCAUGAAAACAUUGUCAAAUACAAGGGCAUCUGCCAGGAGGAAGGUGGUCAGGCUAUUAAGCUGAUCAUGGAGUACCUUCCACUGGGCAGUUUGAAGGAGUAUCUGCCCAGAAACAAAAGCAAGAUCAGCCUCAGCACCCUGCUCAGCUAUUCUAUCCAGAUAUGCCAGGGAAUGGAGUAUCUAGGAUCCCGAAAUUACAUCCACAGGGACCUGGCUGCCCGAAACGUGCUCGUGGAGAACGAGAGGACAGUGAAGAUCGGAGAUUUCGGCCUCACCAAGAGCAUCAAGGACAACGAAGGCUAUUACACCGUUAAAGACGACCACGACAGCCCUGUUUUCUGGUAUGCUCCAGAGUGCCUGACCCUUUGUAAGUUCUACCUUGCAUCAGAUGUUUGGUCCUUCGGUGUGACGAUGUACGAACUGAUCACCUACUGCGAGUCCUCCAAGAGCCCGAUGACGCUGUUCCUUGGUAUGAUCGGUCGAACCCACGGUCAGAUGACUGUCAUCCGACUGGUGAAGGUGCUGGCAGAUGGGAAGAGGUUGCCACGUCCUGAUGGCUGUCCUGAGCCUGUGUAUGAGCUGAUGCGGAAAUGCUGGGAGCACAACAACGAGAGGAGAAUCACCUUUAAGCGUCUGAUCGAGGACCUGACCAACCUGCAGCGACAGCUCCAACCACAAAACGACCUCUAACCCUCCAGCUGUUCGAGGCUCUGGGAGUGAAGUUGCGUGCGGGCCUGGGACCAACCACAGAUGGCAAAUCUGAUCCCAGAUCAGCUUUUGCAGCUUCAUUUUACUGAGAGACAGUCCUCACACAAAGCCAUGCUCCUUCAUAUUUACAUAUAAACCUUCCACCAUGGCAUGGCAACCAUGGCAUAGAAAUCUAUAGUCCUAAUCUCUUUAGUCUACCAUAUUUUUAACAUUUUUAUUUGUUGUUGCUUUCAUAUUUGGCAUUUUAUUGUUUCCUAAUUUGAGUAUUUUGGAUGAAAUCAGUAAAUCCUGUCAAAUCUCUUAGCCUUAGUUUGUGUUAAAUGUGACCUUAUAUCUUACAAAAGGACUUCCAAGUGUAUCCAUCUGACUGAUUGUGAGAAACAUCAAACUCGCAUGGAUUCAUCACGCAUAAUGUGCUUCGAAGGCCUUAUAUUUCACAAGGACUUUUGAUUGAUAUCGCUGUCGCAGAAGGAAGCUUAAAAGAAGGAACUGUUAAAUGCUCACUUCCACAAAGUUGAACGCUUGUGUGCCGAUCUUGGACGGAAAGUCUUUGUGACAGAAAACACCAAGUGGACCACUGGGAAAUCCUUGUUUAAGAAGUGCAAGGAUGGAUAGAGGAGAAGAUAGUGAAGAUGUGGUUUUCAGCAUUUUGUGCCACUGCUGUUUGUUUCAGAGACUCCUGUUUGGGAGAAAACCACCGGACUGAUGUGCAUUUUUCUGACUUGGGAGCCAUGUAGUGAUCUGUGAUGGAGAAAUUUUUUUGUUAAUGAUGUGCAAAUGAGAAUUGUCAUUAAAUUAGAGCCAACAAUCAGUCAGCAAUGUUCUUCCACUGCAUUGUUGACAUUGUUUAAAUCUGUUAUAAAUGCCUGCCUUUUCUCUAAGUGACAAAGUAGAUGCAACACAAAGCGGCGCUCGGCUCGUUUAACCCUGCAUUUGCACAUCAACAGAAAAUCUGUUUUGUUUUGUUCUUUUUCUUUUACGAGUUUUUGGCUCUCUAAUAAUGUUUCAUCUUUCAAAGAGGCAUCAUUGUCUUCAAAUCACUAGGAAUGGAUCACAUCUUUUUCAAAAAGAAUUUAAAGAAAAAAAAAAAAUCAUAUUUUGCACUGUGUACAAAGGAAAAUCUGACUUAUAUAAGGUCCUGUGUUUGUUUGAGGUGGGUCAGUUUUUACUCUGUGAUUGCGUGUUUGGUUAAAAAAAAAAGACUUUUUAAAAGGGGCCUAUAUUGUCUGUCUUUAAACAGAUAUUGUUUAACAUGUAAGUUGAGGAGUGAGAGAUUAGAGGAAGUAACAGUGAGCGACACCUGAGGGCAGUAUAGUAACUUCAUUUAUCCUCUCUACAGUUCUGUAGCCUUACACUUUAGUUCAGGUUUAUGAGAGCCACAAAUACUUCACAUGUCUGUAUACUAAACAUUAUAUUGCAAGAGAAAGAACCAAUUGCCAUUGUUGCAGGAUUGUAUAUGAAAGGACUUUGGAUGGUAUGCAGGGUUUGAAGUGAUUUCGCCACUGAAUACUCACAUGGCAUUUUUAUGUUUGUUUUUCAGUUAAACUCUUCAAAAUAUAUUUCUUUUACAGACCUAUUCCUAAUUAUGUUUGUUGUAUUUUAUCUGUAACAUUGUCUUUUUAACUCUCCACUAUGCUAGAACAUUUCUAAAAGUAUAUUUUAUCUAUAUAUCUAUAUAUAUAUAUAUAGAUAUAUAUAUAUAUAUAUAAAUGUGAGUUAUGUUUUGAGCAGAGGGUUUUUUCUGUUUUAAAUCUAUCAGUAAACAUGAGCCAUGUAACCCUGAAAUCUUCUUCAGUCGCAUAUUAUCAUGACUUUGGAAAUGGUCAGUUCUACUCUCAACACACAACACUGGUCGAGGCAGUAAGGAACCCACUUAGAGCUCGGUUCUGCUGGAAGUUUCUUCCUGUUAAAAGGGAGUUUUUCCUUGCAGCGCUUGCUCGUGUGGGAAUGUUGGGUAUCUGUAAAUUAAAGCGUAUGGUCUUGACCUGCUCUAUAUGAAAUCAUGAGAUAACUUUUGUUGUGAUUGGGCACUAUAUAAAUAAAAUUGACUUGACUUACUCAAUGUAACUGUAUGGUUUUUACUGUGAAUGAUGACAGGAAGUUUAAAAUAAAAAAAAAAAGGACUGUGAAAAGACGACAAACUUGCGCUUCAGUCCACAUUUUAUUUAGGAAUGUAAAAGACAAUUCCUUCUGCUCAAAAUAACAGGAAAGAAAUAUAUAUUUUCAGAAAAUAAGAUGAAAGUAUGACUUAUGGAAAGUAGAAGUAUCCAUAAAUACACAAUGAAAAAAUAAAUAAAAUUAAUGUU